AUGGAAGAGCUUCGCUCUGAAGGAACCUCAAUGUUGGUCACGGUUGUCUCUGCUCCAGAUGCAUACAGUUAUAAGGAUGCAAAAAACUGGGGCCAAAAAUAUGAACAAUGUAACGGAAAACGCCAAUCGCCUAUAUUUACAAGGCCACAGAUCAUCUCGCCUUAUCCUCAUCUUGAAGGGCUAACACAUAUAAACUUUAAUAAAUUACCAACAAACAUGACCAUAAAGAAUACUGGUCGCGCUGUGGAGCUUCGAGCUCGUUGGUCUGGAAAUCCUCCAGAGGUCACUGGUGGACCCCUUCAUGCGAAAUACCUAUUUGAUAAAAUCACUUUUCACUGGGCCGAAAAACCGUCGGAAUAUGACGUUCCCCUAAAAGUUUUUGACAACCUGGAAAAAAAUUUACAUAAAGUGCGAUCCCGAAAUGCAGUAACAGAUAUACCCCCGUUUGACCUAAAUAAAACUAUCGACAAUAGAGUGGUGCCAUUUGUAUUUUAUGAAGGCUCAUUGGAUUAUCCACCUUGCAUGGAAUCUGUGACUUGGUUCGUAGAUGAUGAUGGUAGUAGCAUUCACAAGAAUCUUGUAAAUGAAUUGCGGAAAAUAAAGUUGGACGAGGGAGACGUGUCAAAUAUUAGACCCACCCAGGCGAUAAAUAAGCGUCCACUCAAGAUCUCGUUCGGUGAUAAUGCGAAAUCUGAAUAA